GGGGCUUCCGGGGCCAGGGCGGGGCCGGCGGACGCGGCCCGGGAGCGCGGGGCGAGGUUCUCUGUCGCCUGCCGGGCAUGGAGCCCCGGGCGGUGGCGGACGCCGUGGAGGCGGGCGGAGAAGACGAGGUGGUGGAAGCCCUGCGGGCGUACAACCGCGAGCACUCCGGGAGCUUCGCCUUUGACGACGCCCAGCGGGAGGACCGGAAGAGACUCGCGGAGCUGCUGGUCGCGGUCCUGGAACGCGGCCUGCCCGCCGCCCACCGCGUCACCUGGCUGCAGAGCGUCCGCAUCUUGUCCCGCGACCGCAGCUGCCUCGAGCCAUUCUCCAGCCGCCGCAGCCUGCAGGCCCUGGCCGGCUAUGCCGGGGUCGCCCCCUCGGAGGGGCGCGUGCCCGAGCGCGCGGACAUGGACGUCGUCCUCGAGGCUCUCAAGUGCCUGUGCAACCUCGUGCUGAGCAGCCCCGCGGCGCAGGUGCUGGCCGCGGAGGCCCGCCUGGUGGCCCGGCUCGCGGAGCGCGUGCGGCUGUGCCAGGAGCCGCGCCUCCCGCACGACGUGCGGUUCUUCGACCUGCGGCUGCUCUUCCUGCUGACGGCGCUGCGCACCGACGUGCGCCAGCAGCUGUUUGAGGAGCUGCGGGGAGUGCACCUGCUGACCGAGGCCCUGCAGCUGACGCUGGGCGUGGGCCCGGAGGAGAGCCCGCCCGCCCUCCUCCCCCCCCAGGAGACCGAGCGGGCCAUGGAGAUCCUCAAAGUGCUCUUCAACAUCACCUUUGACUCCGUCAGGAGGGAGGUGGACGAGGAAGACGCUGCCCUGUACCGGUGCCUGGGGACCCUGCUGCGGCACUGUUUGAUGGUGGCUGCUGCUGGAGAUCGCACAGAGGAGUUCCACGGCCACACGGUGAACCUGCUGGGGAACCUGCCCCUCAAGUGUCUGGACGUUCUGCUUGCCCUGGAGCCUCAGGAAGGCUCCCUGGAGUUCAUGGGUGUGAACAUGGACGUGCUGCAGGUCCUGCUCGGCUUCCUGGAGAAGCGUCUGCUCCAGACACACAGGCUGAAGGAGGCUGUCGCCCCCGUGCUGAGCGUGCUGACCGAGUGUGCCCGCAUGUACCGGCCGGCCAGGAAGUUCCUGAAAGCCCAGGUGCUGCCCCCGCUGCGGGACGUGAGGACCCGGCCCGAGGUGGGGGAGCUGCUGCGGAACAAGCUCGUCCGCCUCAUGACGCACCUGGACACGGACGUGAAGCGGGUGGCCGCCGAGUUCCUGUUCGUGCUGUGCUCCGAGAGUGUGCCCCGAUUCAUCAAGUACACGGGCUACGGGAACGCUGCCGGUCUCCUGGCCGCCAGGGGCCUCAUGGCAGGAGGCCGACCUGAGGGCCAGUACUCGGAAGACGAGGACACGGACACAGACGAGUACAAGGAAGCCAAGGCCAGCAUAAACCCAGUGACCGGGAGGGUGGAGGAGAAGCCGCCCAACCCCAUGGAGGGCAUGACGGAUGAGCAGAAGGAGCACGAGGCCAUGAAGCUGGUGAACAUGUUUGACAAGCUCUCCAGGCAGAAAGUCAUCCAGCCCAUGGGGAUGAGUCCCCGGGGUCACCUCACAUCCCUGCAGGAGGCCAUGUGCGAGACCAUGGCCGGGCAGCUCUCCUCCGACCCUGACUCGGACCCUGACUGAGGAAGGCCACCCCUCUGCCCCUUCAGAACUGGUGCUGCUCUGGAGCUGUCCCGGCGGCCGCAGGCUGGGGAAGCUUCGUCCCACCGGCCCCUGGGCCCCGUGCCUCUCUCUUCCCUCCCAAGGUUCUGCUUGUGAUUCGCCGCAGGUCCAGUUUCCUGUCCCCAGGACCUGACGGUCUUGUCCUGCUGUAACUCUGGGCACUUGAUCUCCACAAAUGAAGUUGUUUUCUCUCACGUGUGCCAAGAGGGUUUGGGCAGAGCCUGCCCUGGGUGAUGGAGACGCAUGUGAAAGGCGGUUAGGGGCUGGCCAGAGCGCUGUGGGGCACGAGCUCGCCUCACGGGGGGAAAGAAGCUGCUAGCAUUUUAUGUACAAAGACAUCUUGAACACACUGUUCUUCCAAGGCCCGUUGUUUCUGUUCCCACUGAGCUCAGGACUGGCGGCCUCUUUUGCUCUCUCUGGCCCUCGUCACAGCCGAGUCCUGACCCUUCCCACCAGCUGAGACGUAAACGCCCCUAGUGAAACCGUUAAGUCGAGAUCUUGAGGUUCCUGAAAUCCACAGAAACAUCCUACAAUAAAGACGGUUUUGGGCAAGAA